UCCUCUGUCAAAGGCUAAAAGCCUGACAGGAGGAGAAGCAUGCAGCAACCGACUGAGCAGACUUUCAAGCAAGAUGCAGCCACUCCUGCUCUUGUUGGCCUUUAGCCUACUCCCUGGGGCCAAGGCAGGAAAGAUCAUUGGAGGACGAGAAGCCAGGCCCCACUCCUACCCCUACAUGGCAUAUCUUCAGAUUCAGACACCAAAAAGUCCGACCUUUUGCGGGGGUUUCCUGGUGCGAGAAGACUUUGUGAUGUCAGCAGCUCACUGCUGGGGAAGUGUUAUAAAUGUCACACUGGGGGCCCACGAUGUCCACAGGCUGGAAAGGACCCAGCAGAAGGUCUCUGUGCUCAGAGCCAUCCCCCACCCUGAAUAUGAUCACCAAACUGCCCUGAAUGACAUCAUGUUACUGCAGCUGAGGAAUAGAAUCAGGCGGAAUCGAUUUGUAAGGCCAGUGGCCCUGCCUAAUGCUGGGAAUAGACUGUUUCCUGGAGCCUUGUGUACAGUGGCUGGCUGGGGACAGGUCAGCCUGAACAGGACAACAGACAGACUGCAGGAAGUGCAAUUGAGAGUGCAGAGUGAUCGGAAGUGCAUUCGUCGCUUCAGCAUCUACAGCAGCAAGACUGAGAUUUGUGUUGGGGACCCUAGACAAAGAAAAAUUGCCUUUAAGGGAGACUCUGGUGGCCCUCUGGUAUGUAACAAUGUGGCUCAAGGCAUUGUCUCCUAUGGAGACAGCGAAGGAACUCCUCCAGAAGUCUUUACCAGGAUUGCAAGCUAUCAGUCCUGGAUACGGAGAACAAUGAGACGCUUUGAACAGCAGGAUCAGACUACAGAUUGAUUCCCCAAUUCCAUGACUGACAGUAAAAUUCCCUGGGGCACAGGUCAGCUGCAGGGGAUUGCCAGAACAUUAAUAAACUUUCAAUUCAAAGUGAAAAUAUUUGUUCAUUAAACAUCAGUCAAUACUGUCUCCUUUGGUGUGAACUGCUAUAAUAAAAU